UUACUCUAUCCGUAUGCAAGAAUAAAAAGACAGACAAAGAGUGAAACAGAGAGUUAGUGAACUCAAUUGCUGCCUCUUUCACCUUUAUAUUAUCUGUAAUGUUUUUCUUUUCCUUCUUCAGUUAUUAAUUUGUAUCAUCUCUUUUCCUUGCUUGCUUAAAGUUUUUGGCAAGAAUUCCAUGAAUUUUCUUUGUAUUGGGUACUAAAUUCUCUGUUUUUAGUGCUCUGCUCUGCAUGCUUUAGUUGUUUUCUUAGAGUUUUGGAGUGCACCCCAAGUAGAAAAGAUGCUGUCAACGAAGUCGGAAUCGGAUAUCACAAGCCUUGCUCCAUCAUCACCGUCGAGGUCUCCCAAACGUCCCGUAUACUAUGUUCAGAGUCCAUCACGAGACUCUCAUGAUGGAGACAAGUCAUCCACCAUGCAACCGAGUCCCAUGGAGUCACCUUCACACCCUUCCUCCGUUGGCCGCCAUUCCAGGAACUCUUCGGCUAGUCGGUUUUCGGGGAUAUUCCGCUCGUCCUCCGGUAGGAAAGGGGGGAGGAAGAGGAAUGAUAAAGGGUGGCCUGAGUGUGGGGUAAUUAUGGAAGAAGGGCCCUAUGAUGAGUUCGAGGAUAAGGCUUUCACUAGGCGUUGCCAGGCCUUGAUUGCUCUUUUCACUUUUGUGGUAUUGUUUACUGUGUUUUGCUUGAUUAUUUGGGGUGCCAGCAGGCCUUACAAAGCUGAAAUCCUGGUCAAGAGCUUUGCAGUGCACAACUUCUAUAUCGGGGAAGGUUCAGAUUUCUCAGGGGUACCAACAAAAUUGUUGACUGUCAAUGGCACCUUGAAGCUGAGUGUAUACAACCCUGCUACAAUAUUUGGGAUUCAUGUUACUUCCAAUCCCGUCAAUCUCGUAUACUCAGAAAUUCCCGUUGCAACCGGUCAGCUGAAGAAAUAUUAUCAGCCAAGGAAGAGCCGUAGGACUGUAUCAGUGGUGUUGGAAGGGAAAAAAGUGCCACUUUAUGGGGCUGGAUCAACCUUAACAUUUACACAAAAUGGUGCUGCUGAAAUUCCAUUGGUGCUGAAGUUUGAAGUCCGGUCGAGGGGAAAUGUGGUCGGGAAACUUGUGAGAACGAAGCACCGGAAACAAAUUUCUUGCCCUUUGGUCAUUGAUUCUACAAAGACCAAGCUCAUUAAAUUUAAGAAAACCACAUGCACAUAUCACUGAGUCGUUUAAAGGGGGAUGAUGGUUUGCAGUCUCUUUGCUACCACUCAUCAUUAAAUCUCCAAAGGUGUUCCAUGGCCUCCUCUUUUUCUAUCUAUCUUGUUGGAAGGUUGUAAAUGUUUAUUGUUUUGGGUUAAUAUUGUGAGUUAUAUUCAUGGAAAUAAAACAAAUGUAUAGAUGAUAUAAGAGGUUCUUUGUGGAUGAGUUGCUUAGGAAUGUCAUACCAUAGCAGUAAUAAAGAGAGUUACAAUGUUGUUCUAUUCCUCCCAA